AUGGAAAAUGAAGAAAGAACUCAGUUGGAUGCCCAAUAUCAGAAGGAGUUGAACGGUCUGAAGGAAGAUGUCGCUAGGCUUACUAGCUUACUCGAAAAAGCCUUGAGAUCUAAGUCAGGAGAAGGGACAUCCUCCCAACCAGCAUUUACCGCUCAGAUACCACCGACGCCUCCGACGUUCUUCAAUCUACCAAACAUGGGGGCAAGUGGAUCUUCGCAUGAGCCCCAAUAUGCUACGCAUUUCCCAGCUCAGCCUAUAUACCCGAUGGGGAUUCCUCAUGUUGAUGAGUUAACCUUGGAGGGGUCUCACAAGGACAAAAUGAUAGGAGCUGAAGGUUUGGAGAAGUUGACUGCCCUAGAGGAGAGGGUGAGGGCAGUUGAGGGAAAUCAUUUGUAUGACCCGGUGAAAGCCGCCGAGAUGUGUUUGGUACCUAACGUAGUCAUUCCUAAGAAGUUUAGGGUGCCAGAAUUCAUCAAAUACACUGGAACUCAAUGUCCAAUAACCCACCUUAAGUCAUACUGCAAUAAGAUGGCUGAAGUGGUACAAGAUGAGAAGUUGUUGAUCCACUUCUUCCAGGAUAGUUUGAGCGAUAUCGCUCUCACUUGGUACAUGCGUUUGGACAACACCAAGAUAAGGGGAUGGAAAGACCUAGUUGAUGCCUUUAUUAGGCAAUACAAAUUCAAUAUGGACAUAGCCCCUGAUAGAUCAAGCUUGCAUUCGUUGGAAAAAGGUCAUAAGGAAUCUGUAAGGGAGUAUGCACAAAGGUGGCGCGAAACGGCAGCACAGGUUAAUCCGCCACUAUUGGAGAAGGAAAUGAUCGGUUUAUUUUCCAACACCUUCAAAGCUCCAUACUUUGAGUACUUGGUGGGAAGUGCUGCACAAAGCUUCUCUGAUUUGGUUGUUAUAGCUGAACGAAUCGAACAAGCCAUUCGAAUGGGUAGGAUCACAGACCCAAGUGAAAAAAAGGGUUUUGUUGGACGCAAAAAGGAGGCUGACGUCCACAACGUCGAAGGUGAAGGUAAGGGAAGAAAGCACAAUUUCAGGCCACUCAUGACCAUUCCUCCCACCUCCAACAUAAAUUUCACUUCGCCUUAUCAAAAAAACCAAACAACUACCCAAAAUAUCCUGUACCACCAAAGUAACACAUUUCACCCACGCAGAAACUUCCCUGCAAACCAAGAAGAACUGCCCCCACUUCCCAUACCUCUUAGUGAGAUGUAUCAAAGAUUGCUCAGCAUUGGCCAAGUAACACCUGUUCCUUUAACACCCUUGCAACCACCUUUUCCUCAAUGGUACCGACCAGACCAGAAAUCGGGUUGGAUUUCCUUUGAUGAUUUUCCGAACGUAAAAUCUAACCCGCUACCGCACCAUGCUUCUGGAAGUGGAGGGGUGAAUGCUUUGGAAGAAGAAGAGAGGGGUACUAAUGUCUUAAAGUUGUCAAUGGAGAGAUUGUACAAAAUGUUGGAGCAAACUGGGUACCUUCAAACACCCAUCAAAAAGCAAGCCGCAGAGCAUAAGGGUGAAUAUUGUGAGUAUCAUCAGCAUAUGGGACACCAUGUAAACUCUUGUAAAGAGUUUCGGAUGAAAGUAGAAGACAUGAUGACAUUGGGAGUGUUGAGGAUAGGGGUGCCUGAAGAAAACCUAGUAGGAACCAUGACUGGCUUUGACAAGAAAAUUGAAGUCUGUAGAUAUCAACCAACAGAGGGAGGACCCCCAAGAAUGAUUUUGGCUAGACCUACAAGCACAAUUAGUGGAAAUUAUAAUGCCAUACCUUAUAAUUAUGGUUAUUCUUUCCAUACCACGAGACCAGUUCCUACUUUUCAUGCUGAAGUUGGGGGUUUAACCCGAAGUGGAAGGUACUAUACUCCUGAAGAGCUAGAAGACCAAAGGAGGGCAAAAGGAAAGAAUGUGGUGGAGUUGGCCAAGAUGGAUGAAGUCAACAAACCAGUGAGCGAUGAGGAGGCUAACGAGUUCCUGAAGCUAAUGAAGCACAGUGAAUAUAGUGUGGUGGACCAAUUGAAAAAGACCCCCGCCAGGAUCUCUCUAUUGUCGUUAGUUUUGAGUUCAGAGUUGCAUAGGAACACUCUCCAGAAGGUCCUUAACGAAGCAUAUGUUCCUCAAGAUAUCACACAAGAUUCUAUAGAACAUUUGGUGGGAAGGAUUCAAGCCACUAACUAUCUCUACUUCACAGAUGAUGAACUAGAUCAUGAAGGAAUUGGUCACAAUAAGCCAUUAUAUAUCACUGUGAAAUGCAAGGAUUGUGUGAUCGCCAAAGUGCUGAUAGACAAUGGUUCCGCUUUGAAUGUGUUGCCAAGGCAUGUGCUCGAUAAAAUGCCAGUUGAUGCCUCUCAUAUGAAGCCAAGUACCAUGACAGCUAGAGCAUAUGAUGGUUCGCCAAGGCCGAUUAUGGGAAAUAUUGAUGUUGAGCUUGUGAUUGGCCCCCAGCCGUUCCAAGUUACUUUACAAGUGAUGGAUAUUCAUCCCACAUACAGCAUGUUGUUAGGAAGACCUUGGAUUCAUGCAGCACGAGCCGUUGCAUCUUCAUUACACCAACGGGUUAAAUUUAUCAUCAAUGGGAACCUGGUGACAGUAAGGGUUGAAGAAGCUUUAACCAUGGUGAGAAACGUGUCGAUUCCUUAUAUAGAGGCUGAAGAGAGUAAGGACGGAAACCUACAUGCAUUUGAGGUAGUAAAUGCUGAAUGGGUACCUGAGAAUACAUUGCGAAGGAAACCAGAGGUUUCUGAGGCUGCAAGGAUGGCUGCUAAAUAUUUUCUGAAGCACGGACUGCCAUUCCAGUAUGACCCUAUCACAGGAAUGCCCGAACGGAUCAACAUCCCUCCAAUCCACAUAACAUUCCCACGACCUGCACAAGUGAUCAAUGCUGGAGGUGAAAUUGAGAGGAUGAGCAAAGAAUUUAACGGUGCUACCAUCCACUAUCUGGAAGAGAUCAACAAACAAGAACCCCAAAGAGGUUUGGAAGAUGAAGAGAGCCCCUAUGAAGAACUACCCCAACUGACUGUGAGUGCUCUAGAGGAUGGUCUACCUGAGUUUGUGAGAAGAUUAGCUGAAGGGGAAGAGUUGAACAAUUGGGAAAUUCAAGAAGUCCCAAUUAUCUUUAAAAAGGAAUCUGAAAGCGGGACAACGAUAAACUCACAAACCCAUUGCAUUGAGAAUAAUUGGCCUAAUUUUGAUAAAACUAUAACUUCAAUGGAUGAGGAAGAUGGUGAAGAGGACAUUGAGGAGUUCAAGAAGCUUAUAAAACAAUCUGAACAUGCAUGGGAGCCUGCAAGAGAGGAAUUAGAAUUAAUAAAUGUAAGUACCGAGCACAACAAAAAGGAGUUGAAAAUAGGGAUGUUGAUCACUACAGAUAUGAGGAGUGAGUUGGUCACCCUUUUGCGGGAGUAUGUGGAUAUUUUUGCCUGGUCAUACGCUGACAUGCCCGGUUUGGAUACUGAAAUAGUAGUGCAUAGGUUACCUUUGAUUGAGGGCUGCCGGUCAGUCAAACAAAAGCUAAGAAGGACAAGACCUGAUGUAUUGCUCAAGGUAAAAGAAGAGAUAACAAGACAGUGGGAUGCAGGUUUCUUGGAAGUAGUAGAAUAUUCUGAAUGGGUGUCUAACAUUGUGGCGGUUCCCAAGAAGGACAACAAAAUCAGGGUGUGCGUGGAUUUUCGAGAUUUGAAUAGAGCAAGCCCGAAGGAUGACUUCCCGUUACCUCAUAUAGACGUGUUGGUGGACAAUGCUGCUAAGAGUUCCACUUACUCUUUCAUGGAUGGUUUCUCCGGUUAUAAUCAGAUUAAAAUGGCUGAAGCAGAUAAGAGAAAGACGACAUUUAUCACCCCAUGGGGAACUUACUGUUAUAAGGUGAUGCCAUUCGGAUUAAAGAAUGCUGGAGCAACAUACCAAAGGGCAAUGAUAGCACUUUUUCAUGAUAUGAUGCACAAGGAAAUUGAGGUCUACGUGGAUGACAUGAUCGCAAAGUCCAAAGAUGAAGAAAGCCACAUCCCAGCUCUGAGGAAAUUGUUCGAGAGGUUGAGAAAAUAUCAGUUGAAAUUGAAUCCUGCAAAGUGUACAUUCGGGGUGAAAUCAGGCAAAUUACUAGGAUUUGUGGUAAGUAAUAAAGGCAUAGAAGUGGACCCCGACAAAGUAAAAGCCAUACAAGACAUGCCCGCUCCAAAGACUGAAAGAGAAGUUCGAGGCUUUUUAGGGCGCUUAAACUAUAUUGCCCGUUUUAUCUCACAACUUACAGUCACCUGUGAACCAAUUUUUUGAUUACUCCGAAAGAAGAAUCCUGGAACAUGGGAUGAAAAUUGCCAAAAAGCUUUUGAUAAGAUCAAGCAGUACUUACAAAAACCACCAUUGUUGGUACCGCCCGUGCACGGAAGGCCACUCAUCCUGUAUUUAACUGUGACCGAAUCAGCUAUGGGUUGUGUGUUAGGGCAACAGAAUGAAUCAGGAAGGAAGGAGCAAGCCAUCUACUAUUUGAGUAAAAAGUUCACCGAGUGUGAGUCCCGUUACAGUAUGGUAGAGAAGUUAUGUUGUAGUCUAGUGUGGAGUGCGAAGAGGUUGCGACAAUAUAUGUUAUACUACACUACCUGGUUGAUCUCAAGAAUGGACCCACUGAAGCAUAUCUUUGAAAAGCCAUACAUGUCGAGUAGAAUAGCUAGAUGGCAAGUACUGCUGGCUGAGUAUGACAUCAUCUACAUGACAAGAAAAUCAGUAAAAGGAAGCGCAAUUGCUGAUCAUUUAGCCGAUAAUGCUAUUGAGGAUUAUGAGCCAUUGAACUUCGACUUUCCUGAUGAAGAUGUGCUAGUAAUGGAGAAGGAAGAGAAGAGUGGUUGGUGGGCCAUGUAUUUUGACGGCGCAGUAAAUGUAUCGGGCAACGGGGCAGGUGCUGUGAUAAUUUCCCCAGAAGGAAAGCAAUAUCCUAUCUCGGUAAAGCUGCACUUUAGUUGUACAAACAACACAGCUGAGUAUGAAGCUUGCAUCCACGGAUUGGAAGCUGCGUUAGAGAUGAAGGUAGGGAAGUUAAAAGUAUAUGGAGACUCAAUGCUAAUAAUCUGUCAGGUAAAAGGUGAAUGGCAGACAAGGGAUGAAAAAUUAAGACCAUACCAGGAAUACCUCUCCAAAUUGGCUGAAAGCUUUGAUGAAAUAGAAUUUACUCAUUUGGGAAGAGACAAAAAUCAGUUUGCCGAUGCGUUAGCUACCUUAGCUUCUAUGGCUGUAAUUGAUUGUGGUGCCAAAAUUCAGCCUGUAAACAUCGAGAUCAGAAAUUCUCCCUCUCAUUGUUGUUCAAUAGAAGAAGAAACGGAUAAAGACCCAUGGUACAUGGAUAUAAAAAGAUUCAUUCAACAUCAAGAGUACCCGUCGGGAGCCUCGAAGACAGAUAAAAGGACCUUGAGAAGAAUGGCUAUGGAAUACUACAUAGAUGGAGAGAUUUUGUAUAAAAGGUCAUUUGAUGGGACUUUCCUGAGAUGUCUGGGUGAUCUGGAAGCUAACAAGGCCCUACAAGAAGUACAUGGUGGAAUUUGUGCUACCCACGCAAACGGACACAUGAUGGCUAGGCAGUUGCAAAGAGCAGGUUACUUUUGGCUGACCAUGGAGAAAGAUUGCAUAAAUUUUGUCCGAAGGUGCCAUAAAUGUCAAGUGUAUAGUGACAAAAUCAAUGCGCCCCCUGCACCUUUAUUUAACAUGGUGUCUCCUUGGCCCUUUGCAAUAUGGGGAAUAGAUGUGAUUGGGCCUAUUAAUCCAAAAGCCAGUAACGGACAUCGUUUUAUCCUUGUAGCGAUUGAUUACUUUACCAAGUGGGUAGAGGCCUGCUCAUAUGCCCAUGUGACUCAGAAAGUGGUCAAACGGUUCAUUGAGAAGGAUCUAAUCUGUAGAUACGGUGUACCCGAGAGAGUGGUGACUGAUAAUGCUCAAAACUUCAAUGGAAAGAUGAUAGCAGAGCUAUGUACAAAGUGGAAGAUCAAGCAUUCCAACUCGUCCCCUUACAGACCUAAGAUGAACGGCGCCGUAGAAGCUGCUAAUAAAAAUAUAAAGAAGAUUGUUCAGAAAAUGGUGAUUACUUACAAAGAUUGGCAUGACUGGCUUCCUUAUGCUUUCCAUGCGUAUCGAAUAGCAGUAAGGACCUCGACCGGGGCUACACCAUACUCUUUAGUAUAUGGAAUGGAGGCAGUGGUACCAUUGGAAGUAGAAAUUCCAUCUUUAAGAGUCCUCAUGGAAUCUGGACUCGAGGAGACUGAGUGGGUCAAGAUACGAUAUGAGCAGCUAAAUAUGAUCAGCGAGAGAAGGUUAGCAGCAAUUUGUCACCACCAGUUGUAUCAAAGAAGGAUGACCAAGGCAUAUGACCGAAAAGUUCGGCCAAGAGAGUUCAAAGAAGGAGAUUUAGUAUUGAGAAAAAUUCUGUCACUACCAGGAGAAGAUCGCAGUAAAUGGGCACCCAAUUACGAAGGACCCUAUAUAGUGAAGAAGGCAUUUUCAGGAGGGGCAUUGAUGCUAACAAGAAUGGAUGGGGAAGACGUAGUUAGGCCUGUGAACUCCGAUUCUGUAAAGAAAUAUUAUCCAUGA